AUGGUCUUGAUUCGAUCCGUUCUUCUUGCUCUCCUCGGUGCUUCCAGUGCACUCUCAAAUCCUGUCGCCGAACUAGGCAGUAUUGAUAUCGAGGCUCGUAGACCUGUCCCCAACUCGGAGCUGCUCAUUCGUGACAGUACUCCAAACUCGAGCGGGUACAAGGACGGGUACUACUACUCCUUUUGGAGCGAUGGUCUUGGAAGUGUGAACUACACUAACGGGCGUGGUGGUUCAUAUGCAAUAACUUGGUCUGGACCUUGUUCUACCAUCGGUGGGAAGGGAUGGAAUCCUGGUCGUGCAAAGAAAUUCCACUACUCAGCAGACUACCGCACCAAUGGAAACAGUAUUCUCGAAGUAUAUGGCUGGACGACAGACCCCCUUGUCGAGUAUCGCAUCGUCGAAAACUUCGGGUCUUAUAAUCCGGGGUCGGCACAGAUCAAGGGCAAGCACAUAGCCGACGGCAGCGAGUACACGGUCGGCAAUGUCACACGAUACAAUCAACCCUCCAUCCAAGGUACCAAGACAUACCAGCAGAUCUGGAGCGUGCGUCGGAAUAAAAGACGGAAUGGAACAAUCUCUCUAUCCGAUCACUUCGACGCAUGGAAGAAAUUCAAUUUGACUCUUGGUCGGCACAAUUACCAGCUUUUCGCUCUCGAAGCCUACUUCAGUAGUGGAAGUGUCAACGUGACUCUUUGGUAA